UGGAGAGAAACAGCUAUUUACAGCUUGUAUUCCAUCCCUACACCAGCACAGGAUAUAGCACAGCAGGAACUUUUCAUGUAAAUAUUUAAAUGAAAGGAUCUUUUUAGACUGAAGCCUUAUAUUAAAUAGCUAAUCUUUUUAAUUUUUAAAUUCUAAUAUUUCACAUCUACAAAAUCCUAUUACUUUUAUUUAUUUUUUUACUCAAUGUGGGUGUGUUAUACAAUAUGCAAUAAACAUAUUUGAACCUUUUUACCAUAAGGCUGCAAAUCUACAUCGUACAGAGUUGACAGCAAUGUAUAGCAAACUGCACUGUAUACAUUGGUAUAUAUUUUUUGGAGCAGACCACAGAUGCUCCUCAGAGUACAACUCUAUUUAAUGGGCUUUAUUGCAAGAUAUAAUAAAAAAAAAAAGAAGAUACUCAUUUAUUUUUAAAGACUAUAUGAGUAUAAAGUUGCAGAUAUGAAAAUCAAGUCGGACAAUUUCUGUGAAGCAACGACAGCGUAUGAGACACUGGAAAAUGGUGCACAUGCUGAGAUAAAUUCACUGAAAAAAAGAGAGAGAAAUCGAGCUGCAGCUUACAAGAGCCGGCAAAGGCACACAGAGCGUGCAGACACUCUACACCAGGAGUUUGAAAGGCUAGAGAAGGACAAUGCUGCCCUGCGCAUAGAGAUCCAGAAGCUGCAGCAAGACCAAGCAUACUGGGCAAAGGUCUUACAGCAACAUGAAGACACCUGCUUACUGCUCUCUCCUGACAUCAUUAUGGAGCUUCUAAAACCAGGACCACCAUUGUCGCCAAAAGAGAUAGGACAAGUCAUUGACAUUUAAAUAUAAUCUCUUUUUUUCUAUACUGUUUAUGGAAAUACAUAGAAUUCAGAAUGGGUAAAAAUUGACACAUUCCCUUCCCUCCCUCUGUAAAAGCCUAAAGUUUGGCAGUGAAGGUGAAACAGGUUGGAUGUGGUGAGCUUUGGUUGAGACAGAGGUGUUUCCCAUCACAAUCUUCUUGUAUCAGCCUGAUAGGACCUUUUAUCACUGUUCUGUGCUGCGGAGGACACUGUUUCUUCAAUUAUAUAAUUGUCAGUCUGUGGCUUA